CAGCCGGCUCCGGACUUGUCCGGAUCCCUAGCCUAAUCUUCGCGCACGCCAGCCAGGCUGGGAGGCACCAUGCCCCCGUUCGGCUUUUUUGCUCUCUUGCUCCUGGCCGCUAGCGCCGUAGCCGAAUCGAUCCGUGAGACAGAAGUGAUGGACCCCCGGGACCUUUAUGAAGCUCACUACUUCUCUGGAGACCUGCCAGAUGAUGAGGAUGUGGGAGGGGCCCUUCUGGAACAAGAGCCUGAUGACUUUGAACUGUCAGGCUCGGGAGAUACAGAUGAUACCGAAUCAUCCGAGACAUUCUUUAACACGGUUCAGCCAUUGGUGCCCCUGGAUAACCACAUCCUUGAGCAGACGGAGCCUUCAAACCAGGAUGCUAAGGACUCUGAAGAGCUGGAGGAGAAUGAGAUCAUCUCCAAGAAGAGAUUUUCCUUAGAGGAAGAAAAUAUAAGUAACAAAGUGUCGAUGUCUAGCACUGCCCAAGGCAGCAUCUUUGAGAAGACAGAAGUCUUGGCAGCUCUGAUUGCUGGUGGUGCUGUGGGUCUCCUGUUUGCCAUAUUCCUGGUCCUGUUGCUGAUCUACCGAAUGAAAAAGAAGGAUGAAGGCAGCUAUGAUCUGGGCAAGAAGCCCAUCUACAAGAAAGCCCCUACGAAGGAGUUCUACGCAUGA